CUCCAAUUUAAGAAUCUGCAUACCCCAAAAAAUCGGAUAUGGUAUAUAAACAUUCUCAUCGUCCAGCAAUGCAAUCACGAUCACAUCACGGCUGCACUCGAUGCAAACAACGUCGGCAGAAAUGCGACGAGAAGCGACCAAGCUGUAGUCGCUGUGUGAACGCCGGAACUUCGUGCCUGUACCACAUUAUGCUCAAGUGGGAUGGCCGAGUUCCCCGCAUGGAAAAAGCCUCAUCACGGCAAAAUAGAAAAACAGCGAAGCCUUUUAAAAGAACAGGAGAAUGCCGACAAGAUAUGUCUGUCCAAUUACUGGGACAAGCGCAGCGAUCGAUUGUGGGAGAUACGCUCGAUAUUCUCGAAUUAGAUCUAUUCGAGUCUUUGUCCUACAGAGACAAGCUUCUGAUUAAUCAUUUUAUCACCAAAUUAUCAAUGAUAGCGAGUCAUACUUCAGUCCGUGAACAAGCUUGUCAAACGAUUUUGCCAAUGGCACUGGAAAUCCCUUCACUGAUGUAUGCGACGCUGGCAUUUUCGGCGCUACACCUCUCAGAAUUAGCUGAUCCACAAGUGUUGACAUUAAUAUCUGAUGAUAUUAUAAGGGACAUUUUAGCUUCAAGCAUUGCUCAUUUGCGUGAGGGAUUAGAGAUGGACGGUACUAAAAGCAGACAACCUCUGCUCCUUACGGUGAAGACUCUUUGUUUAUUCGAGAUUUACUCCGGAAAGUACAAUUCUUCAUGGCGAACUCAUUUCAAAGGUGCAAGGGCGUUGCUUGAAAGCAUGCGACCAGAGGUGAUUCAGUAUUCCAUUGAACCAGGUGCUUGGUUGAUAGCUAGGUGGUAUACGUCUGUGGAAGGCCUUUCAGCAUUGACAAAUGCUGAGACUCAAAACGAAGAGCAGCACGCUUUCCAGCCAAUAAAUGAUUCAAUAACUGAACGAGGCUCUGGUUUUGACAUAUAUGCUGGGUAUUCGUCCGACCUACAUUUGGUGUUUCGUGGAAUCGGUAACUUAAUGCAAAAAUAUCCAUACUGCGCAGGCCAUGUCAUUCAAGAUGAGAUGUCAUCCGAGCUUAAUCGAACGUAUCUUGAAGUCCAUGGGUUAGAAGAGAUGGUUCUAACAAUGAUCCAUCGUGACCGGGAGGAAGGUCUUCAUAUGCCGGAUGAGCGGCCUUUGAGUCUGGAAGAAAUUCGGAUGUUCAGUGCAUGUAACACUGCAUAUCAGUAUUCAGCACUUCUGUACAUCCGUCGCCGACUAUUUUGUAUCGACUCUGAGUCGGAUCAAGUCCAAUCCUGUGUUCGGGCCAUUCUAGACGCUGUAUGCGACAUGUUGCCGGUAGUUGUCCUCUCGCCAUGGAUUCUGCUUACUACUCCUCUAUUCACAGCAGGUUGUGAAGCCAAGGGUCUAGAUCGAGAACGAGUCAGAAGUCUACUGUUUGAUCUCUACAUGACACUCCGAAUCCCAAAUAUUCUGCGGGCUAUUGGCAUUCUAGAAUCUUACUGGGAACAGCCAGAUGAUAACUAUACCGAAUUGGCAGGCUUUCUACCUUUCUAGAAUAUAUUGGCGCUAUUACGAAAUAGGAAACCCGAGGAGAUAGGCAUUACUGACAAAUUCAGUAUGUAUUAAUGAGGGGUAUUUUUCAUUGACUUUAAGUAUGAACAAUAUCAUUAAUACUCCAUAUAAU